AAAUAAAUUUUAUUUUCUUGAAAUUUCUACAAACCCCACGUCCUUUAUAUCCACUUUCUCUCUCUUCCUUUCUUCGAUUCUUCUUCACCUGAUUUUCGCAACACAAACGGUAAGAGAGAGAGUACAGAGAUUACCUAAUAUUUCACAGAAUUAGAGUAAAAGUUAAAAAUGGCAAGUGAAGUUGAGAAGAAUGCUUCUGGACAAGAAGAAGUUGUUUCAAUGGAGCUUCCUGCUCCAUCUGGUUGGAAGAAACAGUUCUUCCCUAAAAGAGGAGGCACCCCUAGGAAGAACGAGAUUGUAUUUACUGCUCCAACAGGGGAGGAAAUUCACAGCCAAAGGCAGCUGCAGCAAUACCUGAAAUCUCAUCCUGGUGGUCCACCAGCAUCUGAAUUUGAUUGGGGCACUGGUGAGACGCCUAGAAGAUCAGCUAGAAUUAGUGAGAAAGUAAAAGCUUCUCCUACUACUCCUGAAAGUGAUACCCCCAAGAAGAGAAGCAGGAAAUCAUCUGCUUCUAAGAUGGAUAGCAAGGAUGGUGAAGCGACAGCUGAAGAAACUAAGACGGAAGAGAUCCAAAUGGAUGAUGCUGAAAAGAUAGAGAAAAAAGAGACAGACGAGGGAGCCAAUAAAGAUGUCGAGAUGCAGGAAAUUGGAAAGACUGAGACAGGUGGGGCUGAGGUUGAAGCUGAAAAGGAAGUUGCAAAAGAAAACCAACCCGAGAACAAAGAUGUGACUUCUGAGACCACGGAGGCUGUUCCUGAGCCUGAGGGUGAGACUGCAGUGCCUGUAGCUGAGGAUGAGAAAUGUGCAGAAACUGAGAAGCUAAAUACAAACAAAAGUGAGGGUGAUAAGACCUCCAUUGAAGAUGCAGAGAAGCAAGGCCCACUAGAGCCAGCUGGGAAGCAGGAUAGUUUGCAAGAACAGGUAAAAGAAGAUGCUGUGAUUCAAGAUCCAAAAGAGAGUGAGGGAGAUAAGGCCGCCAUUGAAGAUGCGGAUUUAGAAGCAGGGAAGCAAGGCCCACAAGAGCCAGCUGAGAAGCAAGAAGGUUUGCUGGAACAGGUGAAAGAAGAUGCUGAAGAAGGCAAGAAAGAUGCAGCAGCUGAUCCAGAUGCAAGGAAUAUUGAGUAUAAAAUUGAAGCGGAUCCUUCUCAAGUAACUACUGUUGUAGAGAACACAGUUGGAGGAGAUAAUACUAAAGCUGCAGAGCAACCACAUUCUGAGAAACAGGACAGUAUGCCAGAACAGGUGAAGCCUGAAGCUGAUGUCAAUAUUGCUGCCAAAGACAAUGGAACAGCUGCUCCAGAACCCAUAGAACCAAAGGGAAAAGAUUCCGUGGAGGGUGACAUAAACAAGAAGGUAUUGGAGGUGAUCGAGAAUGGAAGCCAGGCAGGCGAGGCUAGGUCUUGAGUCUUGAUUCUCGCUAAUCUUAUUGUCAUCUUCCUGUUGAGUCGUCUCUUUUUGAGAUCUACAGGGCUCUCUGAAUGACUGUUGUAGCAUUGUUGUUUAUGGUAGAAACUGAUUUGUUGUUUAUGGUAGAUUCUGAUUUGUUGUUAGUCAAGAUACCCCUGUACACAGUUGUAGAUUAGGCCACAGAGGUCUUGACCUAGCCUGUGAUUAGGGGGAAAAAUUUGUAGCUCUUGUAGAGAUCUGUCUGUAACGUUUUCCUGUCAGAUUAUUGCUUCUGUUAUAACUUAACAACCAUUAUAUGUAAUGUAUGAAGCUACACUUAUAUGUACUGUUAAAUAAUUCUAUAUCCUUGUAACA